AUGCCACCCGUGCCGUGCGUCAGCUGCAAGACUGAGCGAGCACUCAUCAAGAGGCCCAAGAACCACGACAAGCUAUGCAAAACCUGCUUCAUUAGAGUCUUUGAGGAUGAAGUGCAUCACACCAUCACAUCGUCUCGACUAUUCCAGCCUGGCGAGAACGUGGCAAUUGGUGCCUCGGGGGGCAAGGAUUCCACGGUUUUGGCUUCGGUCUUGAAGACCUUGAACGAGAGGUACCACUAUGGCGUCAACUUAUUGUUGCUCAGCAUCGACGAGGGCAUCAAGGGCUACCGGGACGACUCGCUCGAGACUGUCAAGCGCAACGCGGUCCAGUACGAAAUGCCGCUCAAGAUUGUCGGCUACGAUGAGCUCUACGGCUGGACGAUGGACCAAGUCGUGGAGACGAUAGGGAAGAAAGGCAACUGCACCUAUUGCGGUGUCUUCAGGCGACAGGCGCUCGACCGAGGCUCCAAGAUGCUUGGGAUCAAGCACGUAGUUACUGGUCACAACGCCGACGAUAUGGCCGAAACCAUUCUAAUGAACCUCCUCCGGGGAGAUCUGCCGCGUUUAUCGAGGAGCACAAGUAUUGUUACCGGCAGCGACGCAAGCGACGUCAAAAGGAGCAAGCCGCUCAAGUACGCAUACGAGAAGGAGAUUGUACUGUAUGCACACCACAAGAAGCUGGACUAUUUCAGUACAGAGUGCAUAUACAGCCCGGAGGCUUUCCGUGGAAGCGCGCGGAGUCUGAUCAAGAACCUGGAGAGAGUGCGGCCAAGCGCCAUCCUCGACAUCGUCAGGAGCGGAGAGGAUAUGGCCCGUCUGGUGCCAGGGGCAGCCCCCGACGCUUGCGGCUGUAAUGGCAAGUCUGCAAAUGCGACAUCCGUCGCCGAUCCAGACAGCAUUGGAGGAUGUGGUUCAGUGGCUGGACGCUCGAAUGUUGGUGAGAUGGCGGCAAUGGAGAAACAAUUACGAGAGAACGACCUCGCCUCUGAGAAGGAGUUAGAGACCGAAGUCUCGCUCGCAAAGAUCGCUUCAAAUACUCCAUCGACAGUCAAGGCCAUUCCCAUCAUCCCCAAGCAGAAGCUAGGAUCCUGCGAGAAGUGUGGCUAUAUGUCGAGCCAAAAGCUGUGUCAGGCCUGUAUGCUUCUUGAGGGGCUCAAUAAAAACCGAGCCGAAGUCGUCUUAUGA